AUGCCUUCCAUUCUCUUCUGGGAUAAUGCCAUACGCUCACGCCGUACUUCUUCAACCACAUCAUCACCUUCCUCGUCUUGUUUCCAAUCACCAGCCCCCUCUGUACACACACCAUCAUCUCGUCGUAUCAUUUGCAACGAACAAUUACUCCACAGCGUGCUUGCACGCAUGGAUCAAUUCUCUAUCGAAGAAGACGACGACUCAUUAUGGGCUUUAGCCAAAGAUCUCAAACGUCAACAGGAAGAGGACGAGGAUCAGGAACGUCCACACAAGGUUGAAGCAUGCUAUAAUCGAGUUAUUCGCAUAAUGUUGUAUUAUACACGUGCUCAAGCAACACUUCGCGCAGCCAAGUACUACAAGAAAUGUAUGGAUGUGACACUACCAUGCUGUGGCCCAUCGCAUGUACGUAGUUUGGCUGAACACUUUCGUGAUUUGGCAGCCAAAGGACUUGAAGACGAGGAAAAACAAGAACAACAGGAUCCCACUACGGGUCCCAGCAAGAAAAUGUCUGUACGAUCCAUGUCAGUGAGCAGUUAUCGAAGCAGCAGCAGUAGCCAAAGUGGAUCAAGUUUCAAUUCGACAAGCUCAGCAACAUGCACUCGCUGUGGUGUAGAGAAAAAGGCCAUGCCGGUAUGUGCAAAAUGCAAAGCACAGGCCUACUGUAGUAUCCGUUGUCUCAAAGCACAUCAAACCGUGCAUCAAGCAUCGUGUCGCUCAACAGCCUCACCUCAUUGA